GACAAACUGGCUAUUUUUAUUAUACUUUUUAAAAAAGCUUUGUAAUCGUUAUAAAAUGAAGAUUAUAUUUUGAAAGAUGUUUCCCGGAAGUGGACGUUUUGCUUUUAUCGUGACCAUUGUUGUGACACCAGUAAAGUGAAGGGUGAGGUGGGAAGCCACGCCGAGGGAAAUAAGUACAGGCACAGGUGAAUCAUUAAACGAUGGAGGUAUCCAGGAGAAGAAGUCUCCAGAAACAUCUGGAGCCUGCCAGGCCUCUGCGCCGCUGCAUUCAUGCUGAAAUUGAGCCAAACAUAAAUGCUGCAACAUGUGCACAUGCACUGAUAAAGGAAAUGAAUCAACAGGUAAGAAAUGUAAAGACAAAUAUUGACAUCGAGCAAUUCCUAAAGAUUGUCAACCUCCACAAGCAGAAAGAAGGAAGAAUAUGUUACUCAAGAGACUUUUUGAUUGGUCUGGCAAGUUGUCCUGAGGCCAGGAGGAAGCCCAAAUACCUUCCAGAGCACCCCAUAGUCUUAACUGAGGCUCGGGAUCUUGGGCACCUAAGGCUUCAUGAAAUGUGGUGGAAUGAGGAAAAGGAAAUAAUGAUGGAAGAGAGACUUCACUCGCCUUGAGAAUUUUGCACAGAAGUUCAUUAACCAAAGAGUGUUUGCAUUGUUCCUUCUUAUUGUGUGAAUUUCCAUUUGUUAAAUUUUCAUUUGCAUGUUAUUGUUUUAAUAACUAUUUGAAGUGAAGUUGCACAAAUACUACAAAUACCAAUAAUAAUACCAAACACUACCUACAUGUGUGCUGCUUGAAUUGUUUGCUGUGUAAGAUUUUGGCUGCAACGUAUUUGUAAUUUAUAUUAAAAAAAGGAAAGAAAAAGCUUUGAAAAUAAGAUAUUAA